AUGACGAAAACUACAGUCCAAAGAAGACGUCAUACAAAUCUGAAAUUGGGGUGUCUCAAUUGUAAGCGGAAAAAAGUACGCUGCGACGAAAGUUUACCCGAAUGCAAAAAUUGUGUUAAAGGAAAGAAAGAGACAUGUCUGUAUUUGAGUCUUUCCACUCAAGAAAUCCAGAAGAUCAAAUUGACUCACCUGUUGAGAAAUUCGCAAAAUAAGUUGUUGGAUCAAAAGUAUCGAUUGCCUGCAAGUGGUGCAGCGACUACCAGUUCAAAACGUUCUUCAUCCUCAUCGUCAAAUGAAACCAGAAUCGGCAAGGAUGCAGAUGCGUUUCCAUCUGGUGAUAUUCUCGAUUUUAAAUUUGAAUUAAAAAAUUUGCCAAUAAACAUUCCGUCAAUUGUUUAUCCUCCAUUACAAUUUGACAAUAUAUUUAUUAAUGACUUUAACGGUGAUGGGGUGGUUCAUAAUGAUGUAAAUAAGACUAGUGAAGACGACGAGGAAGAUCAGGAAGUAUACGAGGAAGUUAGUGGAAAUGGGAGAAACCAUAGCAGUUUGACUGGACUAAAUAAAUUGGAUAACGGAGUGUAUGCGCCGGUCACGUUCAACUGUCUUGAUCGAAGAAUUUUCCGUCGAGUACUUCCAGAAAAUGUGAAGACAAAAGUAGCGGCUGAUUUCAGUUUCCAUGUUGUUUUAGGAAAAAAUAACUUAUUGGACCAUUUGAGUGAUAUGAUGUUGGAUACACCGACAACUGCCCAUCGCAAUGUAUUUUCGGAAUCGUUUUUAUGUCUUGGGGAAACAAUCAUCUUAAAAGUUUUCAAUAAACGACAGAAAAUUUUGGGCACUUAUAGCCGCAGCGAACUAAAUUUCAUUUCUUGGUUAAAUAAAAAAUGUUUGGAUAGACAUGGAUUUUGUCAAGAAGAAAUAAAGAAGUUGAUUGCCUCAUUUCAUAAAAAUUUAGGCAAAAUAACGAGUUGGGAACUUGAAAAACAAAUUCAUCUUGGUGCUUAUGUAAGUUAUUUAUUGAACUUUGUUGUGCUUAUGUUGAAGUUUGGGGCUCAAGCUUAUUUUGAUUCAUCAAAAGGGAUUUUCCAAUCUUUUGAGGCAUUUUUGGCAUAUGUUGAGAAAUACACUAUUCUGCCUAGUACAACAGUGGAUUUUUUGAUGAAUAAUAUUCAAUACAAUAUCAUGAGUAUUAAUGUUCCUUCAUACCCACCACAAUUUUUAUUUGAAAUUGAAUCUAAUUUGAGAAGUUUGGAGUUUGUAUUUAUACGCCCGACAGUAUUCAAAGAUGAAUCUAUUAACGAACGUUUCCAAAAAAUUGAAUACCAUUUCAAAUCGUUACUCAAGUUUUUCAGUGGGUAUGUGUUGCCUAUCGUGUAUGCCUCGCGUGAUGAAAAUUCGGUUUCCAUUUACCCACCACAGGCCAUAUAUGAGAUAUUUCAAGAAUGGCAUACGAAUGUCCCCUCAGAAACAAUGAGCCAUCAUCAAAGUAUCGAUGCUAAUAAUCCACUGGAGUCUGAGUUUUUGAAUGAUUUAUCUACUACAUUAUACAUGUACUAUUAUGCAGUUGCAGCAGCAUUGGAUGCUGUUUUCCCAGGGUGUAAAUAUCUUUAUGGUGUCAGCUUUAUGUUGCCCACAAAUAAAUUCUAUCGAAACAUGAAAAUAAUGACUAUAAGUAAAGAUAACUAUUAUUUGGAACGACUAUAUCCAUUUAAAGUUGACAUUUUGUUGCAACGUCAUGUGUUUUACGCCUCGAGGCUAUUUGCCUUUUUCAGAAGAAGGUUUUGUUUCUACCACAAUUACACUGAUUGGUCUAGUCCAUUUGAUGAUAGAUUAAAGAAAAAUAGAUUUAAAUCAAGAACUAUUAGGAAUAGUUUUGAAGUGCCAAUUCAUAGUUUCAACAAUACGUUGAUACGUCCAGAACAUUAUCCUCUCCGUGACGAGAAAGUUGCUUUAGAAUCUAUUGAAGGAUACCCAAUAUUCACUCGAGAGGACGAAACGGUUAAACAGCAAAUUUAUACUAGGAACAUUGAGACAUUGGAUUUUUUCAAUUUGUCGCAGAUUCUACAGUACGAUUGUGAAUCGAUGUUGUUGCUUAGAGAUUAUCGACCAUUUGACGAUCAAAUAGGUUUGACGAGAAGUACAUUAAGUAUGGAUGUUAUUAAAGAUUACUAUAAUGAUAAAACGGUUAUACUAGAUAGCUUGUUUUCGCUGAAUAGAUAA